UUGUACAACUGCAGCCAGCAAUACCGCCGCAACUAUCCCCGAUCCAUAUUAGGAGCAACGCUACUCGCUUCCUAGGCUUGUCACGUAUUGCGCGUGGGGAAAGAGACACAGUUUUUGCGAACUGUUUAAUGCUGCAACUUUGGAAAGAAAAAGACGCGGUUAAAAAAAACAACACUUGCAAAGUGUCAACGCUGAACAGGUGGGCGGAUCCGCAUUUACGGGUAGCGUGCGGUGUGAGACCUCGGUGUUUAGUGAAGUCUUGACCGACUUGGGGCAUUCAGUUACGGUCAACUCAGCAGUCAUGGACGGUGAUGCGUCUCUGCAGCACUACAAAGCGGCCAUGCUGCUGAGUGGAGUGGGGGAUGCCCUGGGCUACCGCAACCAGCUGUGGGAAUACAAUGAGUCCGGACCAGCCAUACACAAAGAGCUGGAGGAGUUGGGCGGUCUGAAGAGCAUCACAGCGGAGCUCCCUGAUUGGCCCGUCAGCGAUGACACCGUGCUUCAUCUAGCGACCGCAGAAGGCUUGGCCACUGGUAAGGAGGAAGAGGAGCUGUACCAUGAUGUGGCGGCCAGGUAUGUGGAGGCCAUGAAGGAUAUGGAGGGCAGGAAGCCAGGACCCUCCAGCAUUCUGGGGGUGUCGCAGCUGAAGCCAGGCACCGAGGGGGGGUACAGGGUGGCCUACAACCCAGAGGGAACUGGCUGCGGAGCCGCCAUGAGGUCCAUGUGCAUCGGACUCAGAUACCCACGUCCCGAUCAGCUGUCGUCACUGGUGGCGGUUGCCGUGGAAACCGGCCGCAUGACCCACCCUCACCCAAUCGGAUUCCUUGGAGCAGUAGCCUCCGCCCUCUUUGUCGCCUACGCCGUGCAGCGUCGACCAAUGGAGAGCUGGGGGGUGGGACUUGUGAAGGAAGCUUGUCCAAUCGCAAGGGAGUUUGUGAAGUCUCGAGGCUGUGCGGUGGAGGAGUGCGAGAGGGACUGGGGCUACUUUGAGGAGAAGUGGCAAUGGUACCUGGACCUCAGAGGCCUCUCCACAGGCAUCGGCCCCGCCGUCUGGCCUGACCAAUAUGGGCCAGCCGAAAGGGACGUGGCCUAUAAGAGCUUCAGCCUGUCCGGGUGGGCGGGACGUAGCGGCCACGACGCACCAAUGAUAGCGCUGGAUGCGCUGCUGGGGGCCGGCUCCGACUGGGAGGUGCUUAUGAGCAGAGGUGGUUUCCAUGGAGGUGACAGUGACAGCACGGCUGUGAUUGCGUGCUGCUGCUGGGGCCUCCUCUACGGCCUGCAGGGGGUUCCCGAGGGGAACUACAGGAACCUUGAGUACCGGAAUCGUCUCGAGAACAGCGCAGAGGCCCUCUACAAGCUCUCCCACUGACCUCUACACGAUGCUUAGAACCCCUCUUUGACAAUCUCGCAACAGUCAUCUCAUCUCAACAAAACAAGAUGCAGACAAACUCUAUGACCCACCCC